CUCCUCCCACUUCGCCAGCACAAGAGAGAAAGAACAGCAGUCUAUAACCAGUCCUCCCGUCAUCUAAACAUAUGGCUAAAGCUGGUCUAUUUCUUUCUUAUAUUGUUGUGCCCACUACUCUUUAAAAAUUCCGCCGAAAAAGAGAAGACGAUUUUCCAAAACAUUCUGGCCGUUAUCUCACGGCUCCCCUGUCUCUGCACAGGAGUACAAACGCUAUCCUGAAGGCCUAGGGGCGGCUCUCUACCGAGAGCACUUCGACUUCAACGCUGAGCCUCCUUGGGAUCCUAGCUGAUAGUGGGACAAGUCCAUCUCCUGACUUGUCCAUUUUGUUGCAUACCUUCAGGACCCCAUAGGCUCAGUCGUGACCUAGAUUUGGAUUGACUCUUCUUUAUGAUCGUCGGAUUUGCGGAAUACGGAUGAGAUGAAAGGACUUGCAGACGAACCAACCUACAUAAUUGAACUCCUGGAGGAAGGAGUAACCCUUGACAAUGUUAUUGACGGACACAUCUAUGAGCAAGCACUGGAGGACAAGAGUGCGUUUGUGGUGGGUGACCUCGGUGUGCUAAUGAAGCAGCACGUUCUCUGGCAGAGCAGCGUACCUCAGCUGAGGCCCUACUACCCUGUCAAGUGCAACAGCAGCCCCGCUGUCAUAGAGAUCCUGGCCUCUCUGGGCCUGGGCUUUGUUUGCACCAACAAGACGGAAGUCUCACUGGUGCUUGACCAUGGCGUUCCACCCGAGAACAUCAUCAUGUCUGGAGUUUGCAAACAGCUGACACACAUCAAGCAUGCUGCCAAGAAUGGUAUUAACCACCUGAUGUGCGACAGUGAGACUGAACUCUGCAAGAUAGCACGAUCUCACCCCAGUGCCAAACUGCUGCUGCAGGUGACCACUGCUCCCCACGCCGCCGAGCACAGCAUGGCGUUCGGCUGCUCCCUGAAGAGCUGUAAGCAUCUGCUGGAGGCGGCCAAGGACCUGGGGGUCGAGGUCGUAGGAGUAACGUUCCACAUCCCCUCCUCCUGCAAAGACCUCCAGGCCUACGCUCACGCGCUGUCAGAUGCCCGCUGUGUGUUCGACAUGGGGACUGACUUGGGUUUCAACAUGAAAAUCCUGGAUAUUGGAGGUGGAUUCACUGGCUCAGAGGCCCAGCUGAGACAGGUCAACAGUGCCAUCAGGCCUCUGUUGGACGCCUACUUCCCUCCUCUGUCUGGGGUGGAAGUCCUAGCAGAAGCUGGCAGCUUUUACGUAUCAUCUGCCUUCACCCUUGCUGUCAGUGUGAUUGGCAAGAAGGUUAAGGCGCAGGACUGGAACAGCCUUCCCAUAGUUGGACUGAGUCCCAACAGCAAGCCAGAGUUCCUGUACUACAUGAACGAAGGCGUGUACGGGUCAUUUGGCCACAAGCUACUGGGAAACAUUGUCCCUGUACCAUCUGUGCACAAGAAGCCGCUGACUGCAGGGGAGCCGGUAUUUACAAGCAGCCUUUGGGGUCCGUCAUGUGACCCUCUGGAGCAGGUGGUGGAGCGCUGUUUGCUGCCGGAGCUGGCUGUGGGGGAGUGGCUGGUCUUCAACAACAUGGGUGCCAAUGGCCUGGAGGACUUCAACACCUUCAACAGUGAAAUCAGACCGCCUAUCUACUACACCAUCUCCAUGGGGGACUGGUACGAGAUGCAGGAGGCAGGAUUGUCUCUGGACAGUGCUAUGAAGAAUUUCUCCCUUAUCCAGUACAGCAUGUAACCCCCUCUUCAUGUCUCACUCGCUCUCCUCGGGUUGAGACCCGCCUUUGCUCCCACUCUUUCUCACACAAGAGAUCCCCUGACCACAGGGGGCCAGGGGCAAAAGGUGGUCAACAUUCCAACUGCCUUGGGGGAAAAUGCAGUGUUCAACUUGUCAGGAAAAUUAAAAAGACUUAAGAUUUCCUGGAGACAGGAAGCAAUUGGUGAUUUAAUACCUCAAUUAAAUGUGUCUUGGUAAAAAUUAUAUAUUUUCCCUGCUCUCCCCCUUCCCAAGCGGCUCCCUCCUACUGAAAAUACCUUUCAGCUAUAAGACCAGCCCUAUUUAAACGAGUACAUUAUGCAACAAAACGGAUGACCGGAGGUGGGACCCACACCUCUUUGGGUUUCCUAAUCAAAUACAGUUUACAUAAAUGUAAAAAAUUAUUUUAAUUCUAUUAUGUAUUGAUUUACUGUUGACAGUCUUGUAAAUCAAUUAUCUGUUCAACAUGCUACAUUUGUCAAUGUAAGAUGAUUUUCAAGAAAUUUGCUAUUUAAAAUCAGUAUAUGGUUAGGUUCUUUGACCCACCCCUCUGGCAUAGUAACCUUAAGUAAAAUUUAUGUUGAUUGUGACAAAGACAUUAACCCAUUCUUUCUUGCGAUUCACUAGUUUGGGUUUAUUUAUUGGAUUUGUAGAACACUGUGGAGCAUGUUUCUGCUCCAAUCCCAGAAGUGUUUCCUUGGUACAGGCUGUAACUCAAUUAGCAGUAUUCCUUGAUAAGAUAUCGAUGUGUUUUAAUGCUACUUAGAUAUGUGUGCUGUGAUUGCCAUUGUGACCUCCUGCUCUCACUUUUGAAAAGGCAUGCAAAGGAAUUGUUGAGGGUUUGUUUCAGUAAGCCAUAGUCUCUUGUCUGAACUCCAAGUUGACCUAGGCAUGGUGCCAGUGAUCAGUGCAAGGAGGGAGGUCCAACUCAUUAAGCCAUGCUGGUGUAACUGGUGUGUUGCAUCGCUCGUCAGGAGAGCUUCCUCCCUACCUGCCCAUAAUGGGGUGUGAACUUGGGUCCUCUGACUUGACGCAACAACCACCUCUAUAAACACCGCUUUAACCAACUACGCCACUGAAAAGCUCUUUGAUGGUGCAGGUGGGGAGUAUACAUCCUGAGGAGUGUGUUUAACCAAUUUGAGUCAGUUACACUGGAACAAGCAAACCUAAACUCAGCUUAAGGACUCAAUGUUUUGAGUGCCUAGGGUAUACGGUCCAAAACUACAGCCUUCUACAUACUUGUCACCCUGUUGCAUAAACAUGUGACUGCUGAUUAUAUCAAGAAUUUGUCAUGGUUUUGUUUGUUCUUCUAAAGUAUAAUAACAGAACAAGCAUAUAUAAUGGAACUGGACCUUCUCCGAUCCUGUUCCUCAGAGUUCUUCAAGUGGCUUGGUCUGCUGGUACAUUAGCUUACACAGUAUAAGCAGCUUCCUGCAGUGUUAGCGUCUGGCUCUAACAACAGGGAGUGGUGUUCAUUUGCUAAGACUUAAACGGCAAAUGUUUCAUCUCACUGAAACACCCGGAUUGUCUGUUUUAUACUUUAGCAAUUCCUCCCCAUGUCUGUCUAAAUUGUGAGUUGUGUGUGGGCAAUAACAUGGAGUCUUGUACAUCUAAAUGUCAAACUAAGAUUAUGGUGACCUGACUGUACUCCAGUUAAAAAAGAAUCCUGCCCCCUGUUGAAAAAGUAUGUAUUGUAAAUUACUUUCUGUCUAAGGCACUAAUGGACCAUUGCCUGUUUUUGACUGUAAAUUGUACUUGUUAAGGUAAUGAAAGUGAAUAAUUUAAUACAUCUCUUUGAUUGAAA